AUGUCCACAGACAGCAGUUUCACAACCAAUGUCCACAGCAUACACCUUCAGACAACAGUUUCACAACCAAUGUCCACAGCAGACAUCUACAGACAACAGUUUCACAACCAAUGUCCUCAGCAGACAUCUACAGACAACAGUUUCACAACCAAUGUCCACUGCAGACAUCUACAGACGUUUUCACAACCAAUGUCCACAGACAACAGUUUCACAACCAAUGUCCACAGCAGACAUCUACAGACAACAGUUACACAACCAAUGUCUACAGCAGACAUCUACAGACAACAGUUUCACAACCAAUGUCCACAGCAGACAUCUACAGACAACAGUUUCACAACCAAUGUCCACAGCAGACAUCUACAGACAACAGUUACACAACCAAUGUCCACAGACAACAGUUUCACAACCAAUGUCCACAGCAGACAUCUACAGACAACAGUUUCACAACCAAUGUCCACAGCAGACAUCUACAGACAAAAUUUUCACAACCAAUGUCCACAGACAACAGUUUCACAACCAAUGUCCACAGCAGACACCUUCAGACAACAGUUUCACAACCAAUGUCCACAGCAGACAUCUACAGACAACAGUUUCACAACCAAUGUCCACAGCACACAUCUACAGACAACAGUUUCACAACCAAUGUCCACAGCAGACAUCUACAGACUAGUUUCACAACCAAUGUCCACAGCAGACAUCUACAGACAACAGUUUCACAACCAAUGUCCACAGCAGACAUCUACAGACAACAGUUUCACAACCAAUGUCCACAGCAGACAUCUACAGACAACAGUUUCACAACCAAUGUCCACAGCAGACAUCUACAGACAGCAUUGUCCCGUCAUGUUCUAA